AAUAACUUCACAGGAAUUAUUCCCAAUGAAAUAGCAAAACUAACUGGUUUGUUGGUUCUCAACUUGUCUAGAAACCAUAUAUCUGGCCAAAUUCCUGAAACCAUGUCAAAUAUGCAUCAACUAUCAUCUCUUGAUCUCUCAAGCAAUCGUCUUUCAGGCACUAUUCCUUCAAGCUUGUCUUUCUUGUCAUUUUUGGGCUCCCUAGAUUUGUCCGACAACAACCUCUUUGGUGCUAUUCCUUAUACAGGUCAAAUGACAACCUUUGACGCAACAGACUUUACUGAGAAUCCUGGUCUCUGUGGUCCUCCGCUUCCUGUGAGGUGUUCAGCAGGUAUACUGGUUCCUUAUUUCAUUUUAAUAAUAAAGAGUUCUUGGGGCGAUAUCUAUUUUGAUUUUGUGGAUCAUGUUGUUGAUAAAUUAUCAAGGCUCACACACAGACAAGGAAUAAAUCAUGGCCAAAGGAGAAAGAUUCAUCAUAGACGUCAGUUUAUAUGUAUAUAUAGAUAUGUAAAAAUAAACGAGCUUGAUCCAUGCACUCUGAUUUUGUUAUGUACAAGGUUUGCUUCUUUAAACAUACUAGCAUAAAAGCAACAUUAACGUACUCAUCUAUUUUGUUGUAUAUAAGAUUUAACUAUGUAUAUAAUUGGUGUAUAUAGAUAUUUUUAUUUCA